AUGUCCCGCCUGCUGCACGCUGAAGAGUGGGCAGAAGUGAAGGACUUGGGGGACCACCAACGCCAUCCCCAAGCGCACCACAACCCGCAGCCGCCGCCGCCGCCGCCACAGCCACCUGCGACCCUGCAGGCGAGAGAGCAUCCGGUCUACCCAGCCGAGCUGUCCCUCCUGGACAGCACCGACCCACGCGCCUGGCUGGCUCCCACUUUGCAGGGCAUCUGCACGGCACGCGCCGCGCAGUACUUGCUGCACUCCCCUGAGCUGGGUGCCUCCGAGGCCGCUGCGCCCCGGGAUGAGGCGGACGCCCGGGGAGAACUGGGGAGGAGGAGCGGCGGUGGCAGCGGCAGCAGCAGCAGCAGCAGCAAGAGCCCUGGGCCGGUAAAAGUGCGGGAACAGCUGUGCAAGCUGAAAGGCGGGGUGGUGGUGGACGAGCUGGGCUGCAGCCGCCAGCGUGCCCCUUCCAGCAAACAGGUGAACGGGGUGCAAAAGCAGAGGCGACUGGCGGCCAAUGCCAGGGAGCGGCGCAGGAUGCACGGGUUGAACCACGCCUUCGACCAGCUGCGCAACGUUAUCCCGUCCUUCAACAACGACAAGAAGCUUUCCAAGUACGAGACCCUGCAGAUGGCCCAAAUCUACAUCAACGCUUUGUCGGAGCUGCUGCAAACUCCCAGCGGCGGGGAGCAGCAGCCACCGCCGCCCGCCUCCUGCAAGAGUGACCACCACCACCUGCGCGCUGCCGCCUCCUACGAAGGCGGCGCGGGCACUUCGACCGCAGCUGGGGCUCCGCCCGCCUCGGCAGGGGGACAACGGCCAGCUCCGCCCGGUAGUUGCAGGACUCGUUUUUCGGCCCCGGCCUCCACAGGAGGGUACUCGGUGCAGCUGGACGCUCUGCACUUCUCGACUUUCGAGGACAGUGCUCUGACGGCGAUGAUGGCGCAAAAGAACCUGUCGCCUUCGCUGCCCGGGGGCAUCCUGCAGCCGGUGCAGGAGGAAAGUAGCAAAACUUCUCCCCGGUCCCACAGAAGCGAUGGGGAGUUUUCCCCCCACUCCCAUUACAGUGACUCGGAUGAGGCAAGUUAG